ACCCUAACUAUCGCCAAAAAAAUAAAAAUAAAAAUAAAAAACCAAAAAUCCGAACCCUAACUCAUCUCGUCCAAACCGCUGCGCUCUCUCUCUCUCUCUCUCUCUUUCUCUAUCGUCCCUGAUUCGCCUUCAAUCAUUCAACAGCACAAUUGCCUUUGUGUGCUUGCAUUCAUUUCAAUCUUCUACACCCAAAACCGAACCGGCCGUGAGAUCCACAGCGAUCACCCAACACAGGAAUUAUUCAAUUUUCUUUGGUUUUGAAUUUCGAGAAGAUGUCUCCAGCGACUUCAAAAUCCAAAUCAAAGGACAAGAAGUCGGGGAAAGAAGCCCCGGUGCCUGCUUUAAAGCCUUCGUCAGGGGCUGCUAAUGCAGGGAGUGGGAUUCCGGCUAGUGCAUACAAUCCGCUUCUAGGGACAUUCCAUACCCUUGAAUUGUCACCAACAUCGUCUGCAUCGGCUGUUCAUAGUAAUAGUCGAUUUCGGAAUAUAGAUGAAACAGAUGACCAUUCUGGGGGCUCGGUGGCUGCUGGAGCUGAGUAUGAUUCUGUUUCAAAUAAUGGUAGCUGGUCUGGUGAGUCGGAAGAACAUAAAGAUAAAACAUCUAAUCCUCCUGUUAAGCCAGAAACAGUACCGGGAGCUGACAACGACAAGCGAGAGAAAAUCCGUCAGAAGAAUGAGAGGAAGCAUCAGCGUCAGAAAGAGCGGCGAGCCCAAGAGUUGCAUGAACGAUGUAGUGGUUAUCUUAUGUCGAGAAAACUUGAGGCACUUGCUCAACAGCUGGUGGCAAUGGGUUUUGAACAUGACGAGGCAACAGAGGCUCUCAUACAGAAUGAAGGCCGAGUAGAGGAAUCAGUAUCAUGGCUUUUGGAAGAUGCUUCAGAUUCAGGUAAGCCAAGAGAUCAAAACGUUGGUGGGAGUAAUUUGAAAAUUGACAUAUCAGAAGAGCUUGCUCAGAUUGCAGAUCUGGAAGUAAGGUUUAAGUGCUCGAAACAGGAGGUUGAAAGAGCUAUUGUAGCCUGUGACGGUGAUCUUCAUAAGGCUGCUGAAAGCUUAAGAGUAGCAAAGCAAGACCCACCUUCGAUUUCACCUAAGCCAGAAGAAACUGGUGAUCCUCCAACUGCUAGUAAUGGCAAGGUUCCAGUCACUGUUAAUCAGAACUUGAGGCCACAAGUAAAAUCUAAUCCUCCUACAAUACAACAAAGAAGGGAUGAUAAGGACUUUAACUACACUAAACAAGGAGCUACAGUUGGAGGGCCUGUAGAUUCUGCAAACAAACCUCUGCAGCCUUUGAAGAGAGGACAGCCAAAGUUGGAGUGGGCGAAAGGCCAACCGACUCCAGUUCCAGCUGAUAGAAGGUGGUCAAGUGCCGGAUCAAAUCCUUCAGUUUCCUAUUCUUUGGCGUCCCCUUUGCAGGCAUCAUCUCCACCGGUCAAGACGGAGGCACGUUAUGUAGCUGUUGGAGGUGAGUUAAAGAACCUUCAGCCUGGAACAGUGAGGGAACCAGUUAUCAUGAUGCAGCGUCCUCAAUCUGUCAAUACGAAGCAGGUUCCCGCUACUAGCAUGAGCUCAUCACCUCCUGGAACUGCCACCAAUUGGUAUCCUUCUACUAGUGUCGAACUUAUGAGGUCGAGCGGGUUUUUGCCUCAGAUUCCAAGCAGUACAAGCCUCAGCACUAGCAAUUUGGGCUCAAAUCAGAUGUACCACCAGUUUCAGUAUCAACAGCAGCAACAGCAGCAGCAACAACAGCAACAGCAACAUCAGCAUUUUAUUCCUGGUGGCCCUGGGGAUUCUCCUGGAACAAUUCGAGGGAAUAAUUUGUGGAAUAGAGCAGGUGCAUCUCAAACACUUGCUGCUGCUUCCUCCCUCGGACUAUUCUCCGGGUUGGGGUCAGCUGGCUCAUCAGGGGCAUCUUCUCCAGUAGAUUGGAGUGCUGGCGGUGGCUCAUUUAGGCACUUAGAUUACACCAACAUAGACUGGAGUUUGGAUAGAGGUGUGACGCCCUCUACCAGACCUAAUGGGUUGUGGACAGGGAUGCCUUCUGCUAUGAAGGGCAAUACCAACUUUUAUGAUUCAAAAACUACUGGUUUGGGUGCUCAAUCUGCAAUGAGACCGGCUUCCUCGAACAUGAAUGGUGUUACCCUUGUGGGUUUGCAGGAUGGAGGUGCUAAUGCUGAUGCAUCAGCUGCUGGUUCCGGGGAGUGGACUUCUCCGUUUGAAGGAGUGGAUCUCUUUAGGAUACCCAGACAGUUUGUUUCUUCUUCUCCAUAGGUGAGAAAAGCAUUUCAAUGAAUAAAAUAAAAAGAAAAAAGACCAAAAAUUGUGCGUGGAUUUGAUGUUGGUGUUGAUGCUACAGUGUUCAUGUUGGUGGUUUACCUUUUUACCAGAAUGGCAUCCAGGAGUCCUUCCUUUU